CUUACUCUCAAGCGAGAGAACUAGAUGAGGUGUUAUGCAAGGCCUGAUGUUUACCUCCCGCAGGGGCCUCCUCCCUCCCUAUAAAGGCUGACGUGGUGGCGAGAUUCGCGGAGACUGAGACUGAAGAGCGAGGCAGGCCCAGGAGAAGGACAGAAAAGCGUCAGAAAGUUAAUGCGGGAGACGGAGAGAGGGGCAUCGACUCAGCAAGCAGCAGAGGCGACCCGCCAUCUGCACACUCGAAGGCGGUCCCGGUGGUCGCGGAAGGGACGGCGUCCAGACGCUGGCUUCCUAUGGAGGCGCCCGAGCUGGGCCCGGGGUUGGUGGAGCGUCUGGAGCUGCUGGCGACGUGCCCGCUGUGCGGGGGCCCCUUCGAGGACCCAGUGCUCCUGGCGUGUGAGCACAGCUUCUGCCGCGCGUGCCUGGCCCGCCGCUGGGGGACCCCGCCGGCGACCGGCACUGAGGCGUCUCCCACCGCCUGCCCCUGCUGCGGCCUGCCAUGCCCCCGCCGCAGCCUGAGGUCUAAUGUGCGGCUGGCGGUGGAGGUGCGGAUCAGCCGCGGACUGCGGGAGAAGCUGGCCGAGUCCGGGUCCCGCGCGGGGAAACGCCGAGGGGGCCGCAUCCCCACCAUGGGCUGCCUGGACCCGCACGGAGAGGAUAUGAGGCAGACAUGGAGAAGAUUUGAUGCCCCAACACCCAAGUCAUCUAACUCUGAGGAUGAUCUCCCUGAAGAUUACCCAGUGGUCAAAAACAUGCUUCACAGACUGAUGGCCGACCUGACCCUGGACCCUGGCACCGCACAUCGCCGCCUGCUCAUCUCUGAGGACCGCCGCAGCGUCCAGCUGGCCCCACCAGGGACACCUGCACCCCCUGAUGGCCCUGCGCGCUUCGAUCAGCUCCUGGCAGUGCUAGGGGCACAGGGCUUCAGGGCUGGCCGCCACUGCUGGGAGGUGGAGACCUCAGACGCUGCCUCCAGCAGAGACUCUUCUGGAGAGGAGGAGGAUGAUGGGGAGAGCCGCUAUGCCGUGGGCGCAGCCGGGGAGUCAGUACGACGCAAGGGCCGGGUAGGGCUGUGCCCUGCGGGGGCUGUGUGGGCUGUGGAGGGCCGCAGUGGCCGCCUGUGGGCACUCACAGCACCUGAGCCCACACCGCUGGGUGGCGCCGGGCCCCCACCACGGCGCAUUCGUGUGGACUUGGACUGGGAGCGGGGCCGCGUGGCCUUCUACGACGGCCGCUCCCUUGACCUGCUCUUUGCCUUCCAGGCACCCGGGCCCCUGGGAGAGCGAGUCUUCCCACUGUUCUGCACCCGGGACCCCCAUGCCCCGCUCCGCAUCGUGCCAGCAGAAGGCUGAGUGUCUUGCCCACAACCCCCGUUCUAGUUUGGCCUGUAGUGAGGCUGCUUCCUUUUGGGUGCAGAAAUCCCCACUCUCCAGGGAUCAUGUCCACAUGCCCACUGCGGGAGUGUUGAUAAGCACCCCCACCCACCUACAUUGUCUCUUUUCUCCCAAAUAGUAAGACCUCAACCAUCCUCCAGUUUUCACAUCCAUACCUAAAGCCACAUCCAUUCCUGCCCCCUUCCUCUUGGGACUCUUUUCCACGUGUACCCCAGGACUUCCAAAUGAUCUCUCCCCUUCUACCUUCUAAUAUUCCAGGCCUGAAUUGGGGAACAGGCCCUGACCCAUCAGUAUUGGUAAACAGCCCAUGUUUACUACACAGAGGCCCUGCUAGUCAAACAUUUUACUUCCCAGACCUGCCUCUCUUAACUUCAAAGAAGGGCCCAGUGCCUUCUCCACAGCUAAGGCUUGGGCCUCCCUGCCCAGUUGACUCAAGAAACAAGAGCCUCCUCCUAAAAAGCAAGAGACUCGACUCUGGCUUGGGCCUUAGAGCUUUCUAAAGAACUUAAGACCCCUUUUUGUGGGGGAGGUGUUGGGGAAAGGGGCAGACCAGUUCUACUCCACCCUGACUGCUUACUAUGCAUUUUCCAUUAAGAACCUUAAAACUCCCCGCUGCACAUACUCGCAGGAAGAACCAAUGGUGCUACCUCUCCUUUCCUCAACCUGGGAAUGGCCCAGACACCCCAAAUUCAUCCUUGUAUAUAGCCUCACAUCUUCCCCCAUAUGUAUAAAUGGGCCCGUAUUUACACAUUUUGUGAUGUUGGGUUAUUUAUUUUGUGCAUUUGUGGCAAUAAAUGAGAUCUCUAUGGUGGUA